AUGGCUAGUGAUAAAGUUGUCAGUCAUGGGAUAGAAUACCAUAACUGGUCCAAAAGGGACAGCUUGAAAGUUCUUAGGCGAGUAGGGAAGCCAAGAAAGCAGAAGAAAGUGAUGGAGAAAUUACAAGAACCUCUACUUCUAGAUGCUUUUACAUUCCAAAACCUGAUGGAAAGGAAGAUUCCAAGUUCUCCUAUCCAUGGUAAAGCCAUUUUAACGAAAGUGAGAGACGACAUUAGGGCCUUAAACACAGCUUAA